AAUUCUUGAGAAAAGUUACAUACGUCGCUUCUGCCGGCUUUGACGACGCUUUUGUUGUGACACAGGAGAAAUUGGUGUUUCUAAAAAUAAAGAAAAAAAGAUGGAAAAGCAAAAAAUGUCUUGGGUACCAUUAGAAUCAAAUCCAGAGGUUAUGACAAAGUUGUUCCAUAAACUUGGCGUCCCAACAAAAUGGAAUAUCGUCGAUGUCUAUGGAUUAGAACCAGAUUUACUGGCCAUCCUAACGAAACCAGUUCUUGCCAUGAUUUUAUUGUAUCCACUUUCAGACACGGAGAAAAAUCGUGUAACAAAAGAAGAUAAUGAAACAAAUGGCAGUGCAACAAUUUCUCCGAAUGUUUAUUAUUUGAAACAAUUUAUAUCAAAUGCUUGUGGAACAAUUGCUUUAAUUCACAGUUUAGCUAAUAAUGUCGAUAAGCUCGACUUGCAAGAUGGAAUGCUAAAAUCAUUUUUAGAAGAAACUAAAAAUUUGUCACCAACUGAACGCGGGGAACGUUUAAUGAGCGCUGGGGACAUUGCCGACACUCAUAAAGAAUUUGCAAGAGAAGGUCAAACAGAGGUUCCUGAUGAAUCCUAUCAUCACUUUGUGACAUUUGUUGAAAAAGAUGGUCACAUUUAUGAAUUGGACGGACGAAGAGAUGGUCCAAUAAAUCAUGGGGUUUCUAGUCCCUCUACAUUUUUGGAAGACGCCGCUCGUGUUUGCAAAGAAUAUAUGAAACGAAAUCCAGACGAAAUGGGUUUCUCAGUUCUUGUACUUACACCAGCUUAAGAAAUAAAUAAAGAAACAAAAAUCUAAUCAUAUAUAUUAGGUAUAUAUAAAACCGCUGUGCUGUGUGGCUAUUGCAAUCUCAAUGUUACUCGAAAAAAAAGUUUUCUUCGAUGUAUUUUGCCUUUUUGCAAACUAAAAACUGCGUAUUUAUAAAUUUUAUCAAUAAAAAAAAGAGAAGUUGUUU